UUGGAUCCUCCCUUUUGCUGUUAUCUGGGUUUCGUCUCCGUCUCUCUUCUUCUCUGUUUCGAUCUGUUUUUUUUUUCUCUCUCUCUUCGAUUAAACUGAAGAAAAUUCGUAAAUUAAGGUUUCUUCUAGAGUUCACUGUGGGUGGAUACGAUGAAAGCUUCGAUGGGGAUGCUGAGGAGAUUAACAUCGCACAAGGUCGACGCGAAGGAGAAAGGAGAGCUCGUCGCUACAGCGCAGAUUGACGAACUCGAUCGAGCCGGGAAGGAUAUGCAAGACAUGAGAGAAUGCUAUGAUAGGCUUCUCGCUGCAGCUGCUGCCACCGCCAAUAGUGCUUAUGAGUUCUCUGAGUCGUUGGGAGAGAUGGGUUCUUGUUUGGAGCAGAUCGCGCCUCAUAACGACGAAGAAAGCAGUAGGAUCUUGUUUAUGUGCGGUAAAGUUCAGUUUGAGAUUCAAAAACUUCUUGACACUUAUCGAAGUCAUAUAUUCAAGACCAUUACGUCCCCAUCAGAAGCGCUUCUCAAGGACCUCAGAACUGUUGAGGAUAUGAAGCAACAAUGCGAUGAGAAGAGAAAUGUGUUUGAGAUGUCGCUCGUGAAAGAUAAAGGAAGGUCUAGAGGAAGUAAAGGAGAGAGACAUAUUCCUCAUGACUCUCGACCUGCAUACAAUGAGUUCCAUGACGAAGCAACGAUGUGCAUUUUUCGAUUGAAAUCUCUCAAGGAAGGUCAAGCUCGUAGUCUCCUCACACAAGCAGUCCGUCACCACACUGCUCAGAUGCGUCUGUUUUACACUGGAAUGAAAUCGCUUGAGGCAGUAGAGCGUCAUGUAAGAGUUGCUUCAGAGAAACAACACAUCGACUGUGAUCUCUCUGUUCAUGAGAAUGAAGUGGAAGCUGGUGAGGAUGACGAUGAUGAUGAUGAUGGUGAUGGCCAAGAAGGAGAACUCGGUUUUGCUAACAGAGCAAAUGAGCAGAGGGUAGAAGCUGCUUCUCUCUCAACCCGUGAUCACAGAAUGACUAGCCAUUCAGCUCCGUUGUUCCCGGAGAAGAAACCUGAUUUAUCAGAAAGGCUGAGACAAACGAAUCCAUCUUCCAAUGCUUACGUGUUACCGACACCAAGCGAUUCAAGGUACUCAAAACAAGCUUUAAACCCGAAGCCAGCAAACCAAAGCGCCGGAAACAUAUGGCAUUCAUCUCCUUUAGAACCGAUAAAAAGCAGUAAAGACGCAGAAAACAACAGCCUCUACGCCCGUCUCCCUCGCCCUUCCACUACGGACGCGCAUCAGCACCAUCAGCAAGCAGUAAGACAUGCAUUUUCUGGACCGAUCAAACCUUCUUCAUCAAAACCCGCCGCCACCACCGACGUUUCCUCAGGCGUAUUUCGUCCUCUACCAACUCCUCCUCCAUUACCCCAACCUCAUCUUCAUUCAUCAGGCUCCCCUACCGCUUCACCACCUCCUGCUUCUCCCAGGCCUAACGAGCUUCACGAGCUUCCAAGACCACCAGGCCAAUUUGCACCACCUCCAAGACGAGCCAAAUCCCCUAGUCUCGUUGGUCACUCGGCGCCUCUAACCGGAUGGAAUCAAGAAAGACACAGCACUGUCACCUUUGCUCCUCCGUCCACUUCAAACAUUGUGCCCUCGCCCCUUCCGGUUCCUCCAUUGGUCGUUCCUCGAAGCUACUCUAUACCUUCAAGAAACCAUAUAACCGUUGCUCAACGAGCUGUAGAAGGUAGCGAAGAUAGAGUAGCAUCCCCACCGUUAACACCACUGAGCCUCUCUCGGCCACUCGAGUCCAGGGGAGUCGCUCAGACCAGUCAAAUUAGAGGUUAUUAAUUAUCUUUAGCAGGAGUAGGAGAGCUGAUCGAGCGAUGAAGCUGCCCGGUUGUAGAGAAUCAGAGAUCGCCAUAAGUGAAUACAGUAGUCGUAUAUGCAAUUAUUCUUUAGUUGCUCAACUCUUGUUUUUUUUUUCUUUCCAUUGUAAAUCUGAAGAAUUUAUCCCCCUUUUCAUUUUUAAUCCCUUCAAAUUUUUCUCUUUAAUACCAAUUAGGGUAAA